CAUCUUCGACUUGUAGGAUUUCACAGAAGAGCCCCGUCAUCAUGGUCAAGGUAUCGUUCAAGCCGCCGCCAGGCACGCCGGGUAAAGCAUGGCCCGCAGUUCUGGUUGGUCUCUUCAUGGCCUUUGGUGGUGUGUUGUUUGGAUAUGACACAGGUACCAUCUCUGGUAUCAUUGCCAUGCCCUACUGGCAGAAGGAGUUCUCCACCCAGCCAGAUGGCAGCAUCACAGCUUCUGAAGACUCUCUCAUUGUUUCGAUUCUAUCUGCUGGCACAUUCUUUGGCGCCCUCGGCGCGGCUCCUUGUGCCGAUUUCCUUGGUCGAAGAAUGGGUCUUAUCGUUUCAGUCGGACUGGUCUUCAACUUUGGUGUUAUUCUUCAGACUGCAUCAACCAGUCAACCUUUGUUCAUUGCUGGUCGCUUCUUUGCUGGUUUUGGUGUCGGUCUCUUAUCUGCUAUGGUUCCCAUGUACCAGUCCGAGACUGCGCCCAAGUGGAUUCGUGGUGUGAUUGUCGGAUCCUACCAGCUUGCUAUUACGAUCGGUCUUCUGCUAGCCGCCAUUGUCAACAAUGCUACAAAGGACCACACCGAUUCUGGAUCGUACCGUAUUCCGAUUGCAGUCCAAUUCUUGUGGGCCAUCAUCUUGUUGAUCGGACUUUUCAUUCUCCCAGAUACACCACGUUGGUUCAUCAAGGAAGACAGAUACGAUGACGCCGCAAAGGCGCUCGGAAAGCUUCGUCGCCUGCCGGUCGAUCACCCAGCAGUUCUCGAGGAACUGAAUGAGGUCCAAGCCAACCAUCUCUACGAGAUGUCUCUUGGCAAAGCAUCAUAUAUGGAAUGCUGCAAGGGCACUUUGGGCAAGCGCCUUCUCACUGGAUGUCUUCUCCAGGCUUUGCAGCAAUUGACUGGUGUGAACUUCAUCUUCUAUUAUGGUACCCAGUACUUUAAAAGGGCCGGCUUCAAGGACCCCUUCACCAGUCAGGUCAUCACGAACGUUGUCAACGUCGCAUCCACGUUCCCUGGUCUGUACAUGGUUGAGAAGCUUGGCCGACGUAAGCUGUUGCUUCUUGGAGCUGUUGGCAUGUCUGUUUGUCAAUUUAUUGUCGCCAUCACCGGUACGGUCGCCGGUACCACCGAUCUUGCUGCGCAACGCACCGCUAUCGCUUUCGUCUGCAUUUACAUCUUCUUCUUUGCCAGCUCCUGGGGACCUGUCGCCUGGGUCGUCACGGGUGAGAUGUUCCCGCUCAAGGCCCGUGCGAAGUGUCUUUCGAUGACCACAGCUUCCAACUGGCUGCUCAACUGGGCCAUUGCCUACUCCACACCUUACAUGGUCGACGAGAAAGGUGCCAACCUCCAAAGCAAGGUUUUCUUCGUUUGGGGGUCCUUCUGCUUCGUCUGCAUCGCGUUUGUCUGGUUCAUGAUUUACGAGACCAAGGGUCUUACUCUCGAACAGGUUGACGAGCUCUACGGCACCGUCAACAAGGCGUGGAAGUCCAAGGACUUUGUUCCUCAAAUCACAUUCGUCGAUGUUGACCACGCCGCCCAGAAGGGAAUGGCUCUCAACGAGAUCGGCGAGGCGCAGACCAGGAAGAGGAGUGUUCAGCAUGAAGAGGCCGUUGGCAAGACAGACAACCCUAACAGCGGACUUUAA